AUGAAGUACGUCCGACAACACGUUCACAAGUUGACGCACUGCCGUCGUGUUCGUGGCUAUGGCGCCGCCUAUACCGUGCCCGUGUUCCUAACCGUAGCAGCCGUCUCGUUGUGGGUCAAUGCCACCCUCUUGCACUGGCUCGGACUUGCUCAACUUGUGCUGCUCACGAAACUCGUGCUACUGCUGGCAAUGCACGAAGUGCUCCGACCCUUCUGUCUCUCCUUCAGUCACGUCUGCUAUGUAGCAGCUCAUGUCAUUGCAGCCGCGAAUGCGGCGAUCCUGCAAUUCGUCAGACGAGGACUGCAGCCAAAGUUUCCAGAGUGGACACUCUGGUACGAAUGGUUCCAAGCCAUUGCCUUCGCUGCUGGUCAACAGAAUGGCGGCCACAUCCUAAAGCUUCAGAACGCCUUGGCUUUCCGGCGCAAUUUCGAGCUCAUUGGACGAGUAUUAGGGAUUUGGGCUUGCUGGUAUCAUCACAAGGAGCUCGAGACCUUCCAAUACAAUGGCCUCGAACAUCUGUGGCUACGCUCGCGAUCCAGCUCCAAAUCAAUGGACAGCAAGAGCCGGAUCGUCGUGUUGUAUUACCAUGGCGGAGGCUACGCACUCUUCAGCCCUCGCUUCUUUGUAGGCUUUGCCUGUCGGCUGCUAACUGGAAUCCAGAGCCAGCUGGGAGCUCUUGGUGGACACGCUACCGACUGUGCUACCAAAGACGUGCAGAUCUUGCUUGCCAACUACCGGAAGCUGCCCGAAGUCUGCUUCCCUGCACCUCUGAACGACGCCAUGAUGAUGUUCAACUACCUCGUUGACCACGAACAUGUUUUGCCUCAAAACAUCAUCCUAGCUGGAGACAGUGCAGGAGCUGGCCUGGUACUCGCGACGUUACUGAGACUACGACAGGCAGGACGUGAAAUGCCUCUCGCAGCUCUGUGCAGCUGUCCGUACGCAGACUUGUCGGCUGACGUGGCUGCGUCCGAGUAUUGCUUCAUCUCCAAGUCCAUGCUCGAUGCCAUCCGUGACUUGUGCGUUCUGGAGAUGCCGUGGUGUUCAUGGCGUGAAGGUGCCAUGCUACAGGCAGAUCUCCGUGGCCUGCCCCCACUCUUUGUUCAGACAGCGGAGUUUGAUAUUCUACACCAACAGUCGUUGCAACUUGUCAAGAACGCGCAAUGUGACGGUGUGGACGUCGAAUUGGACGUCCAUGAGCACAUGCCGCAUGUGUUUACGCUCUUCCCUCCCUUCAUCCUACCUCAAUCAUCGGUGGGUAUCGAGCGACUCGCAGCUUUUGUCACACGACAGACAACAGCGCAGCGAUUACCGGUGCAGUAUCCAAUGGCUGCUCCACCAUUCUGA